AGGUCUAUGUCGCGGGCGGCGGCGGCGGCGGCGGCCGCGCAGGGACGAUGCGCGAGUACAAAGUGGUGGUGCUGGGCUCGGGCGGGGUAGGCAAAUCCGCCCUGACCGUGCAGUUCGUGACCGGCACCUUCAUUGAGAAAUACGACCCCACGAUCGAGGACUUCUACCGCAAGGAGAUCGAGGUGGACUCGUCGCCGUCGGUGCUGGAGAUCCUGGACACGGCGGGCACCGAGCAGUUCGCGUCCAUGCGGGACCUGUACAUCAAGAACGGCCAGGGCUUCAUCCUGGUCUACAGCCUGGUCAACCAGCAGAGCUUCCAGGACAUCAAGCCCAUGCGGGACCAGAUCAUCCGCGUGAAGCGGUAUGAGAAGGUGCCGGUCAUCCUCGUGGGGAACAAGGUGGACCUGGAGAGUGAGAGAGAAGUGGCCUCCAAUGAGGGCCGCGCCUUGGCUGAGGAGUGGGGCUGCCCCUUUAUGGAGACUUCUGCUAAGAGUAAAACAAUGGUGGACGAACUCUUUGCUGAGAUUGUGAGGCAGAUGAAUUAUGCCGCCCAGCCGGACAAGGACGACCCGUGCUGCUCUGCCUGCAGUGUACAGUAGCGCCCAACACGGCUGCCCUGGGCCGUGGGCGGCAGUACCUGUCUCCUCCCUACCGUUUGCAGGAUGGGUGGUGUGCAUCCACAGUGCUCUGCAGCCUUCAGGCUGGAGUCCCGGGGGCUCAGUGACUACAG